GCUCGAGAUGCUCGAAUUCAGGUCCGGGUAUGGUUCUACGGGGUGUAGUCUGUAUAUCAGCCAUCGUGUAAGCCUCCCCCCUAAGAAAGUAACUUUCUCGCCAACUGUGUUGCCCCUAUACAACAAACUGCAGUCGCAAACACACAACAACGAUCUUUUGCUCUUUUCUUUUUCUCUCCCCUUCCCCCUUUACUCGGAUCUGUGAGGUGUGCAAAAACCGCGACGGUUCGAUCUCCGUUCGCCACCGUUUCCGCCUGGAAAGCGGUUCAGAUAGGUGGCUUGACUGGUGAAAAAGCGCCCCGUUCACCCUCCACCUCUCCGCCAUCGUCAAACUGGACCUACCCAGGUGUCUCAACCCACCCACUCUCUCCAGGUAUACAAUGCCACGGCGAGGUCGUAAGAUGCUGCUACUGGCUAUAUUUGCCUUCGUUCUCAUGGGCCUAAUCCUUUCCCGCAUCCUGUGGUCGACCGACCUGGCAUGGAACCGCAUCACUUCCACCUUCCAUCCGGCUAACAAGCAUCCAACAUGCCCCGUGUGCUCAGCGAUCCCUGGUGCCCGUCGACCACCUGGACGCCUCCAUUUCCUCAUCACGGGAAGCGCCCCCAACUUGGAGCUAUGUCGUGCGCUCGUCUCUUCGACUGUCAAUCGAUACGGGGCCCCCGUCAUCUCCGGGUGGCAGGCCACGGGCGACAGGGACGCCGCCAACACCCACCUCGCCAAGGUCCGCGUGGUCACCGAGUACCUCGAGCAGAGGAUCCCCCCAGAUGCCGACGAUGAUCUCUUCCUCAUGAUCGACGGAUACCAUGUCCAGCUCCAGUUUGGCCCCGAAGUCCUCCUGAAGCGCUACUUCGAAGUCUCGGACAGAGAAGACGAGCGCAUCAUCCAGCAGCUCGCCCCGGCCAACGCCGAGAAGGUCGCCGGCCCGCUGGGUCGUCAUGUCAUCUUCGGCGCCGACAAGGUGUGCUCGCCUGUCGACUGGAGAUGUCCGGGCUGUUGGGCCGUCCCGAUGGUGCCCGGGAUGGAUAGCCUGACGUUUGGGCCCAAGACCGACGGAGGCAACAUGACGUAUAACCGGCCUCGAUGGCUCAACAGCGGGACCGUCAUGGGUCCCGUCAAGGAGGUCCGCGAGUUGUUCCGUGCCACCCUCCAUCGCAUCGAAGCGACUUAUGACCCCCACUUUGAACAUAGGGAGAGCGACCAGUACUACCUGGCCGGGAUUUGGGGCGAGCAGGAGAUUGAGCGGAUCAACGCGCAGCUCGCCGAGGACCCGGAGGCGCAGCACCCCGUCGGCCCGUCGGACGCCCACUGGCCCGAGAUCCUGCCGGGGCAGAAGUACAACUACCACAUCGCCGUGGACUAUGGGAGCAGCCUCUUCCAGACCUGGGCGGGCUGCCUGGACUGGGUGGGCUGGUACAGGUUUGACGGCACGGGGUACUCCUCCCUCGUCGACCAGAACGUGCGGGGGGAGACCGGGUUCCGGCCCUGGGACCUGCACCUGCAGGGCGAUGCGAUGGUGGCCCUGGAUCGCAUCCACUCGUCGACCGACGAGCUGUCCAGGACCGGGAGGAGCUCCAACGAGUUGAUCCGCCGGUCCGAGUUCGGCGUCAACAUCGUUACCAAGACGACCAUACCCAUCUCGCAUUGCACGGGGACCGAGGAGUCUCUGGACCGGGUUUACCCCCGCAUGUGGUUUUUCCGCCAUGCCAGAGCUCUCGUCGGGUCGGCUCUCGCCUUCUUCAGGGCCAACGAACCUUACGCCCCGUACCCCAUCAACAACCGCAUAUGGUACCCCGCCAUGCGGUAUCCCGAGGGCGUGUCCCUCGAUGAUGGCGGCGCAUGGUCUGACGGCAGUGACGGCUCGAGCAAGAUGGAGUGGUUAAGCUUCGACAGGAUCUGUGGUGAGCACAAGGAAUCUUUGUUCGGGUAG